GAACAUCUCCCGGAGGCGUCGACGGACGAUGCCCCAGUCUCUGAGGGCGAUCAACCAGAGACUCCCGUCAAGCCUGGCAGACGCAGACACCCGCGCGCACGCGGCGGUAAGAAGGUCCAGGCAGCGAAGGCACGCAAGAUCGCCCGACAAGCUGUUGAAGCUGCUGCUGCUGCCGCCAAACCUGGUACGAACGUCUCGGGCUCUGUCACAGCGGACACGUCGACGGAUGCUGGCGAGGUAGAAGCUGAGGAGAUCGGUGUACCGCCGGCGACCUCUUUCGACGUACUGGCUAUCGUAUCUCAACUGCCGUCGCCGGUGCUUCUGGAGGAUGGACCAUCGGCUCUGGAGCUACAGGAGAGCCGUCUAUCGUUGUCAUCACUGCAGUCUGAGGAGGCUCGUCCGCCUUCACAGUCGAGGCUUGAUGAAGUUUGCUCGCCACCGCACGCUACCCACCCGUCGCCUAUGCUUGUAGACGACUCUAGGUCGCCAUCGUCGGGUUCUAAGGAAGACCAACAACCAUCGGCGCGUGUCCGCGACACCACCUCGUCUGACUCCAGCGACCUCGACAACGGUCAGCAAGUGCACCAGGGGACACAGGUCUGUCCCAAGCGGAAGCCCAGGCACCCUCUGAGGAUGGCCGUGAAGGCAGCCGUGGCCGCCGCGGUCGUCAAGCAGUCUCACUCUCUCAGAGCGUCUCGUAUUCUGGAAUGCAAGAGUCGUUCGACGGCCGAUAAGCUCGAGCCGACCGUCGCUAGACUGCUAGACGUCUCGAGCUCUCCAUCUUCGUCUCUACCUAUCCCUGGACUGGAUGCCUCUCCCUACAACAAUGCUGCUCAGCCUGUGCCUUCUGCUCCGCAGCCUCAUCCGGAGAGCUGUCUGUCUCAGGGAGCCCAACUAGGCUCGGAACACUAUGCUCUUCUUCGUACGCUCUUCCCCUGUUCCGAGGCAGCACCGCACGAAGGUCAAGACAUCUGCCCCUCUUCACCUCAAGAUACACGCUCUGUGUCCUCGGGAACCCUUGUUCCGCAUGACCUGGACGUCGAUAGCGACACCACGAAGCCGCACAGCCUGGCAGAUGACCUCCUCGCGACACAGCGGGAGCUGAAGGGCCUCCGGGACACCGUGUCUUCGCUGCUGGUGCACAUGGACAUGAGCCUGCGGCAAUACCGUGCUUGUGACGUGCGCGGUCCGGCGAGCCUUACGGGGACGUGGACGCCGAAGGCGUCGACGCGAGGUUCAGAGGGCAGGCGGGGCGGGCAGAGCCGCGCGCCGCCGGAGCUUGGCUCGCUGAUGGGGGACCUGGAGAAGAUCUCCGCGCUCACGGUGCGUUUGGCGGCUGCUGUGCGGUCAGAGUUGGUUUGUGACUCAUAUUAGGGCGCGUAGGUGGUGGACAUUUCACGUAGCAGAUCACAAGGACGAACAGUACAUAGCUAUGCGUUUGACAUGGUCUAUUAGAUAGUAUUUUUAUCUUCUUCUGGAUUUGUUUAGCACAGUGUUAU